AUGGGUUGUGGCGGUUCCAAACCUAACGCGGUAAGCAGAGAUGUGGAGGAGAAGGCUCUGUAUCUUCGUGGUAUCAAAGAAUCAAUCGAUAAGGCAGAGGGAAACAUGCUUGCCACUCUCCAUGCCCUGCAGGCGUUGAUGAGAUCAUAUGAAUCCACUUCAUACUCAUUUGUUGAGCUUGCACACGGUACGGACGGCAAUACAUCAUUGAAGGCGAAGACAUUUGAGUCUGAUAUGCGGACACUAAAAGACAGUGGCAUCAUGCCGAAACUGCAAAAGGACCUCGGCCAGUCCGUCAGUUCCUUGGGAAAAGACAUCAGGGCAAAACAUGACAAAGCGAAUGUGGUGUACAGAGAAAUGACACAAGCCAAUGACGCGUACUGCAAGUUGCGCGAGCGAGUUAACGGCAUAGAGAAGAGUUACGCCAAAAAAAACAAGCCCGUAAGUGAGUGCCCUUCGUACACAAAGAAUUGUAAGGAACGUGACGUCUGCUUAGCCAGGUAUGAAGGACUUAAAAAAGUUUUCCUGACGUUGGUGGAAGAGCUGAGGACUCUCAUCCGUUCCUAUGUGACUGCAGGGCUUACGCGAUACGCCUUCUCUACUGCGGAUUAUGCGCAACAGUUGGUGAAUAGUCUCCAGAAGUACAAAUCCGAGUAA